CAGAACAAGCGACCCGGAAGACGUCGCAUUCGACUGCAUAAUCUGUUUGAUCCAGCCACGAAUCGUCCGCAGUUCAACUUUGAUUUGGACAGUUCAGAGCCUCAACCUCUAAAUGUCACACAAGAUGGCAAAGAAGGUAACUUGGAAAAAGUUGCCGCAGGGGAACCCGAACCAGGCACAUCGGGUGAAGGCAACAACGCGCCUGGCCCAAGUAACGUAAUCCCUGAUCAUCAGCCAAAAGCCAUUGCCGUCGUUGUCGAACCUUUGACUGAAGCCGCCGGAGACGGUGUCCGUGAAGUAAGCUCAUCAACACCACUGGAGUCGGUACCAUCUUCGCAAGAUCCUGUAGUGCUCAAUAAAGCAGGACCCAUCCUAGCCAGAACCAAAAGCGAUGGCUUCGCAUCUGAAACUAAUCUGAACCGAAAAAUACUAAUAAAUCAGUUCCAACGUUCCAAUGCUGCCAAAUGUGAUCUAUUGAGACAACUAGCUUCCAGCACUCCAAACGCAAACCUCGUGAAUAGUAGACUUUCAACUUUUGCUUCAUCGAUAUCGCCAAUUUUGGAAAGUGACUCUCCGGCUGGUCCAGAACGAGCUACAUCUCCGGUCAUGCUAAUUCAAACGGACGCUUCAAGCCAGAAAGCUCAUAAAACGGUCCAGCUAAUGAUCGCCCCUUGUUCCCAACCACCACUAGAAGCUACUCCUCAAAAAAAUCGGACAUUCGGCAUUCCCGCGGAGCGACCAGCCUCGCCGGAUGUAAUCGUACCCGAAACGCCAAGCCCGCCGAAAAAUCCGGUAGUAGAAUCUCCAAAGGCCAUUCCCAUGGAUCCUACUCAUCAUAGGCCCCGCCGGCUGAGCGUUACUAUUGAAGAAAUGGCUGCGGCUGGAUUGCUGCAUAUGGCUGAAGAUAACUGUAUGACGUCGGAUGAAAGUCAGCCGAUUAAUAAUUCCCGUGAGAACGUUCUCCUGAAAAGUAUUCUGAAGGACCGAAAUUCUACGCUUAGUGAGCGCAAAUCGAUGCGCGUUUCUUUCUCGAAUCUAGUGCACGAACGGGAAAUUUCCCCGGCCCCGACAAUUGAAGGGAGCUUGUCGUCGACGGCGUCGUCGUCAGACGAAAGUUCCAGUGAAUCGGACGAUGACGAAGAAAGAGUAGUGGUUAUAAACCCCGAUGAUUAUCAGGUGACUGAUGAAGUCUAUAGCGACGAUAACUCGGGGGAUAACUGCGAUAUGAUGGCAGAUUAUGGCGAAUUCGAGGCGAUACGCCAAGAGCUUGCGAAAAGUGUUCAAAAGCUUCCGGAAGCUACCCUCCCAGUGGAGGACGAUUACCAGGGUGGCUUUUUGGCAGAAGUACCUGAAACUGUGAAAAAAGAUAAUCGCACAAAUCAUCACGUUCUGGACAUAGUCACGGAUUGGGACGACGAAGAAGAUCCGGAUGCUUUACGGAAGGCCAAUGAAGGUGCGGACUACACUAAUAUUGAAAUUCCCGAGACUCAGCGAACAGAAAAUGCAACUAUAUGCGAUGCUCGUGACAUUAGUUCCAGUAACAUCGAAGAGAGUGCUGAACGAUUGAUUGAUUUACCUCCACCGCCGGACCAAUUCAGAGAUGUCUCGGAAAACCCGUCCUCUUCCCCAACACCUGACGUUGCACCAACGGGUUUUUCAAGUUCCGCCAAAAGACGUUUCAUAAGGGAAAAUGACGAAGCAGUAAUCUCGAGACUCCAGAGUGAGCUUCCAUUAUCCCAACCAGCAGAACAUUCGCUGGAUGAAUCUUCAACCCCUUCAGAAGCACCAGCGGCAUUUGAAAAAGUAUCCGAUACGCUAGUUGAGAUAGCCCAGUCUUUUCGAGAUCAUCCUGCACCUCUUUUACCUCCUAAAGAUGUCGAAUCGAACACGAUCCGAAAAACGUUAGCUGGUCCGAUCAAAAAACGGCGGGAGACCAAAAAUCCUGCAUCGGAAUCGUACUUCCAAACUGUCGAGAAAACCUUUGCCAAACCAGCGGAAGUUGAAAAAACCGAAAAGAAACGGAAACUGUAUAUUGCUCGGUUGUCUUCAGAAUCUCCCGAGAAACCUAUUGCAGAUAAACCCAAGGUCAACGCCAAACCCACUAUAAAACCGUUGAAAGUGGUGGUCCAAAGACUGCGUUAUGCUGAUUACUGCAAGCAACAUUGUGUAAGAACUGCAAGCGAUACUCGGAAUGAUCAAACUGGAGAAGAAUCGAAUAAACCAACUCAAAAGGUUGCAAAUGCUGGAUCACCUGAGACAACCACCAUUGAAAAACGUAAAGAUACCGAAAAACCGUCAAACGAUUCGCCUGCAAAGCAGGUGGAAGGUCCCGUACAUGCUGCACCAGCAGCAGUCGAAUUCGACAGCUUUUCGUCGCCUUCUCCGGGUAGCAGCAGUGAUGAAAACGUUGUGACAAGUUCUAGCUCGGGAGUGGUUAAAUCCAUUUUGAUUGGAAGCAAACGCCGUUCUGCUGAAGUUGUAACAUCCGAUGAAUCAAUUCCGCAAUCCAAAAAAUCUUCAGAAUCAAUUUCAACGACGAGAAAAAGGCAGCAGAAAGAUGAUGACGGUAAACAGUUACAAGACAAUGUGGAAAAACAAACCGACCCCGCGCCACAGGACGCCCAACAAGAAGAAAAGGCCAUACGAAAGGUUAUGUUCGAUGUUACGCAAAAUGACUCGGUUGAAAGCCCGUUGGCACUGCCUAGUAAACCUCAACCUGCGCUUACUCCAUAUAUUUGCAAAAAAAUGCGAGCCAAAGUUCAACAAAGGGAGAACGCUGUCCUCAGUACGGAUGAGGCAAUGGAAAUCGAUUCUACGGAAGAUCGGGCAAAUUCUGCUCUGAUUGAAACACCUAGUGCGAUAUCGAUGGACGAACCAGCAUCACCGGAUCAAUCUGGGCAAACCGAUGAGUUGCCGAAUAACCGUAACAGCAGGAGGAGGUCACCGUCCCCUCCGAAAGACGUCGUUCCCCAACCGGUGGUAACUCGGCUGCGAGGUAAAAAGAAAAUGGAACCGGAAAUUGCCAAGCCCAAGAAAACGAUUAUCAAGCCCAAAAGAGGUAGACCAAAAAAGAACGGUCAAAGUGAACGGGACAAGCUUGCCAAGAUCCGAAAAGAGGAUUACCAAAUAACUUUAGACCCCAGCGAAAACCUGCAUAGCCCAGAUAUUUCCCCCGCAAUCCUACCGGAGGCAAACGGAGCAGAUUCUCCAAUGUACGAACUUAGAUACGAACCGGACGAGCACUCAUCGGAUACAGAGAUUGUACCAGGAGACCCGCCACCAGUACCGUCUCAAGACACCGACAGUGAAAUUGUGAAACCAAAACAGCAAACGGAUGUCUCCAACUCCCAACAGAAGGAAACAAGACAGGGUAACACCAGGAGUAAAGUCCGAAUAGAGCUCACAGAUCGUAACGAAGAAAAUAACGAACCAACAGCGGCCGAGCCCAAGGAGAACCCUGUUGAGCUAGAAGUAUUAACCGAAAAUUUACCGGAGGCAAGUGGAGCUGAGGUAAACGCACAACCAGCCGGUGAUCGACCCGUUUCUAAGAAAAAACCCAAACUGAGACCGAACUUCAAAAAAGGCAAACAGAGGAAGGAUACCGGUAACAUUGAGCAUCCAGAGCCUGCUGCAGAUAAAGAGCAUGAAUCGAUUGAUUAUACUAGUGGGGCUAAUGCGAAUCCGGCGGCCAUCGAGGAAGACCAUGACUUACCAUUGGAAGCUGCUAGCGACGAAAAGCUCGGAACCAAGAGAAACAAACCCGAUUCUAAGAUCAAACGGAAACCGAAAAAUACGAAGAAAAUGCAUGUCCAGCGGAAUCACGUUGCUGCGAACGAUGGAGGUUCCCCGGAAUCCGGGCCAAGAUACGAAUCAAUCGAGCAAUCGUCAGAUGAAGGGAAUGUAUCAGAAGACCCACCACCACUAACAGCACCACCACCGUCUGCAGACGAUGUCGAUGGCGAAAGUGUGGAUCCAAGCCAGCCGGCUUCGUCGAAGACGGCAUUGUCCAAAACGGUACGCUUUUUCGAUGAAAUCCAGACGACUGAACCAACCGCAAAGAGUAUAUCCAGCAAACCUCCCAAGGAAACCAGUUCCGAUACAGUGUCGUCCGACGAGGGUAACCAACGGCCGAUUGUAGAUAACUCGGCCACACUCGACAGCACCCUGGAAAUUGUUAAUGAUGUAAAUGAUGCGUUUGAAACGAGUGACAUUGUACUGGAAGAACAACCGAUCGAAGAGGAGGCACCGCUGCAGGCUACAGUAAGCAACAAACUUCGACCGAAGCCAUCCACCAAGCCUCGCGUUCAAAAUCGGGAACAUGUUGAAAAACAUACUACUGAAAGUUCAGAGAAAGCUAGAAAAGUUUCCAGAUUUUUACGCGAUGAUGUCGAUGAUGACGAUGAUUGGGUUCCGAGUCGCUCCAAAAAGAGUUUGAAGGAAAAGGCGAACCAAAUCCGACAGAAGUUGGACAGGACGACCAGCAGCCAUCAAACUAGAAGAGCCGAAAAAGAGGACGAAUCGGAGGUACCUCGACGCAGCGGAAGAAAAUGUCGGUUGGCUAAGGAAAUUCUUCGGAAGAAUCCCCUAUUAAAUUCUGAAUACGAUCGACCCAAAUAUGUUCCCUUUGAGAAUUUGGAUAUACAACGGGCAAACCAGUUGGCACUUGAAGCACGAAAACGCCAACAGUCUAGGGUCCACCGAACACAGAACUCUAAGCCGGCCAAAAGCACAAAAGCGCAGGAUAUCGUAGCACCCACAACGAGUUCAAGUACCACCGGACGGAAAAGAAAUCCAUCACCCCAAGAAGUGGGCCCAGCAAACGUCAAACGAAACCGUUGUGAUAACGACAGUGGAGUGGACCAUUUACAUCUGGAAUCAACCGCCAGUUCUGGAGACUUGCAGAAAACUCGCACUGCUUCGAUUGGUGUUAAUACAUCGGCCGCAGAAAAGUUGGAGGCCCAAAGCUGGAUGAUGCGGCUCAUGAACCGGGACACGAACGCUUCCAACCAAGCGCUUCCGAUGGCCAUUUCGGCCGCUGAUACCAACUUUGUGCACAUGACGCUGGAUCAUUUGCGAUUCCACGAGCGAAAUGGAAUCGAGUACUCAUUUUUUAUCUAUCCCGAAGAUGGAAAGUUUGGUUUUUUGCGGUUCGCUCCAAAGACUGUGAAAAAGUUGACCAAAACCGAAAACUUCGUACUGAAAUUCUUUGUAAUUCAAGGUCAAUUGAACUUUGUUAUUAACGGGGAAGCUGCAGCGAUCAACGGUGGGGACUUCCUAAUCAUACCAGCAGAUUCCAAGUACAGCAUAAGCAACGGGGACAGCGUAUCGCUAGUGUUUAUGAUUAAAGAAGAAGUCGUUAUGAACACCAUUGAAAGCACAAUUCCCCAGACGUCAACUACAAAUCCCUAACUAGAUGACGACACCAAUCGACUGUUCUCGCUCACCUGUAUCAAAUAACAUUAGCUGAAUAGUGUACAUAGUUCAUAGCUUGCUGCUAAUAUUUUAUAAUAUCAUUUUCUUUUUCUAUUGAAGAAAAAUGAUCCCACAUUGAUGUUCUGCAACCACAACACUUAUCUAUAUUGUACUAAAUUAUCUUUAUAUUGUUACGUAGUAUGAGAAAGAAGUCAAAUCAAGUAUUUAUGUUGAAAAAAAAACUUGGUUUUAAAGUA